UAGCGUCAAUGAGCAUUUGUUCCUGAGGCCACCUCUUUCUUAUUCAUGUUCCAGUAUUUGCCUUUCUGGUCCUCCACACUUCAUACUGAUGCCAGAGAAUUAAGGUCACACUCUGUCAUUACCCGCUAUCUGAACCCUGGCAGAAAGGCAUCAGACUCUGCAAGGACCACAUGCAGUGGUCACAAGACGAAGAAAGAGCCAGGGAAAAAGUAGCAGAGAACUCGGUUGUGAAAGUUCAACUGGAAGAUCAAGACCAAUAUGAUCGAGAAGCCAGCAAAUGUUGGAAUGCAUUUUGCAAGACUCAUAAAAAUAACUUUUUCAAGGAUCAUAAUUGGCUGUUUCUGGAGUUUCCAGAAAUUCUUCCACAAGGAAAGAGAAAUUGGAUGGAAACAGAGGGAAAAGAUCAAGAUCAUGUAAACAGGAAUGCUGUAAGCCAUGCCAUAUCUGCAGUUAUUCCUGGAAUGUUGAAAGAAGACAAAUAUUCUUGCCAGAACAGUUCAGAGGACUGUUUUACUUCUGUCCAAGGAUGUACAUACACCAAAAGACAAAUGGAAUCUGUUGUUGAUAAGCAUCACAUGAACUCUGAAAAAGGACUUAGGAAGCUAGAAUUUUUCCCUGGUAGCAAUGCUACUUACAGAAUACUAGAGGUUGGUUGUCAUGCUGGAAACAGUGUAUUUCCUAUUUUGAAGGCUCCACGUGAUGCACCUGGGGGCUUUCUGUACUGUUGUGAUUUUGCUUCAGGAGCAGUGGAGUUGGUAAAGUCACACUCAUCCUACAAUCCAGCCUGGUGUUCUGCCUUUGUUCAUGAUGUGUGUGAUGAUGCUUUACCCUACCCUUUUCCAGAUGAGAUCUCGGAUGUCAUUCUUCUUGUCUUUGUGCUCUCUGCUAUUCAUCCUGACAGAUUGCAAGGAGUUGUAAAUAGACUGACUAAAUUACUGAAACCUGGAGAGAUGUUGUUAUUUUGAGACUAUGGAAGAUAUGAUACAACACAGCUUUGUUUUAAAAAAGGCUACUGUUUGUCAGAGAAUUUUAAUGUCCAAGGAGAUGGUAUUAGAGCUUAUUUAUUUACAAAGGUAUGA